AUGCUAAGAAAGAAAACUCAAAAGGAAUUGAUUCAUUUAUCUCGUCAAUUAGUUCAACCAUUAUUACCAAAUUUUUAUAAAGGACAAGCUGGUAAAAUUUGUAUAAUUGGAGGAAAUGAAGAUUAUACGGGAGCACCAUUUUUUUCAGCUCAUUCGGCAGCUUUAGUAGGAGCCGAUUUAAGUCAUAUAAUAUGUGAAAAACAAGCUGCCCCUAUAAUAAAAACUUAUUCUCCCGAUUUAAUGGUACAUCCUUACUUGAUUGAUUUGGAAAAUCCCAUUUUAAAUUUAAACGAUGACGAAUUGAAUAAAUUGAAAAGUUUAUCAAUUGAAGAGAUAUUGGAGAAUAAUAAUAGUGUUUUAACUAAAAUUAUCGAUGAUUUGAUUUUACCAAAGGUUCAAGGUUUAUUAAAUAAAAUGGAUAUAAUAGUUGUAGGACCAGGUUUUGGUAGAGAUCCAUUGAUGUUAAAAUCAUUGGUUCGUAUACUUGAAGAGAUUAAAGUUUUGAAUAAACCAGUUAUAUUGGAUGCUGAUGCAUUAUACCUAUUAUCCAUACAACCUAAAAUUAUAUUAAACUAUAAAAAGGCAAUUAUAACUCCAAACAUAGUUGAGUUUCAAAGAAUAGCCAAAAAGCUAGAUAUUCCAGUUGACAUCUCUAAGGAUUACUCACAAGAAGUAUUAAUUGACCAAAUGCAAGAAGUGUCCAAAAAGUUGGGAGAUAUUAUAAUUUUCAGAAAGGGAGAACAUGAUGUAAUAGGUAACUCCAAGUCAGUGGUGAUAAAUUCAUAUCCUGGCUCAAAUAAAAGAGUUGGAGGACAAGGAGAUACAUUAACAGGAGCAACAGCAACUCUAAUAAAUUGGUCAAACAAUUAUCUUGAUAAAUUAUGGGAUAAUAAAGUUGAGCUAGAUGAGAUUGAUGCUCAUUUACUAGCUUGUUUUGCUGCUAGUUCAUUAGUCAGAUCUGCUAGUGCUAAAGCUUUCAAAAAAUAUGGAAGGUCUAUGCAAACUUCAAAUAUUCAUGAAUUUUUACAUGAUGCGUUUUUAGAAUUAUUUGAUGAUAGUAUAUUUAGAUUGAGUAAUAUAUGA